AAAUUAGUGGUUUCAAUAGUUCAAUGUAGUUCAAAUUAUUAAGAACUUAAGAAGAGGUCUUAAACAGCCAAAUUUAUAGUUGAUUGUUAUUCUUGAAGUAUGGAUGAUUCCAAAACUACGUCGUCGACGCUUAUAAAAUUGGGUCCAGGUGGCAGUUCGUCAUCUGGUGAUGAUGCCUGGGACGAGCAAAGGAAGAUUACUCAAAUAUUUAUUUCAUAUGGAAAGUACAGUGUAACCUCCCUGCAGUUUCAGUACAAGGAAGGUGGAAAGUUGGCUCUUUCUCCUGUGUAUGGCAAUUCAAAACAUGAUUCACCCAAAUUUUCUACGAUAACACUCAAAGAUUAUACGGAGUAUAUCACUGGGCUUACUGGUUACUGUACCGGGAGACUUGGCUUUGGAUUCGGCUUAUGCAACGACGAAGAAGAAUACACGUGGAUCUCGUCAUUCACAAUUGAAACUAACAAAAGAAAAUAUGGACCUUUUGGACAUCCAGGUCAGAAAUCAAGGUCUGGGGAUGAUACAUUUGAGUUUCAGAUCGGACCAGGCAAUCAAUUCGGUGGAUUUUAUGGCUCUUUUGGUUGUGUACCCGUCCAGAGUGGAAUUGAUCAUGAGGUUGCACUCACGUCCAUUGGAGUUUAUUUGAAGCCCUCAUGAGUCAUUAUUGAGUCAUGACUCGGAUGUUUUCUCAUGCAGCUGUUUGUUUCUUUGGUUAAUUGUUUACAACUGUUUAGAAGUUCUGCUGAUGUUUAACCAGCAAGUUGUUGAGUAACAAAUUAUGUAUUCACUUGGCUAAGGACAUUAUUUGCUUCUAGUAUUGAU